CAACAUUUCUUUCACAUGCUACCAACGAAGCUCGGAUGAGGAGAAGAAGAAAGAAGGAGAAGACUGUUUUGUGCUUUUCCUCCAAUAUCCCAUUCAAACCAAAUAAAAUAAUACCGAAAAUACCCCAACUUCCAAAAUUCAAAAUCUCGACAGAGGCUUCCAGUCGGGCAAUAGCCCAACACAGCCGGCCCGAAAGGCUCCAUCUAUCCGAAUAUUUUAUAUUAAAAAAUCCCAAGAAAAGAAAACCGCAUUUGGGAAGCCUGCAGAAAACUGCAGCUAUGGUUUCGGAUGAACAACACCAGCAGCAGAUGAUGGACGGCUGGGAUGAAGAAGCAGAGGCGCUCUCCCUCUCCGACCUCCCCAUACUCGGGUCUGAGAAUUGCGAGAGGAGCGAAAGCAACCGGGUAUCCGAACCCGUAGACUUCGAGUUCGGGUCUUGGGCUGAGGACCCAUUAAUGUGCGCGGCUGAUGAUGUGUUUUUCCAGGGCCAGAUUCUCCCACUCCGCCCUUCUGUGAGCUCCGAGACCGGCUUGCUUUCAGGGUAUUUUCGUCCGGAUAGCCAGAAAUCGAGCCGAUGCGGGUCGAGGUCCGAUUCCAUGGACCGAUCGAGUUGGGGUUUCAGCAGCAGCGGCAGCAGUGGCAGCAGCAGCAGCAGGAGAUGUUAUUCGCACUCGAGCGGCAGCAAUUACAAUUUCUACACGCAUCCCAGCCCGAGACCGCAGAUGGGCGGCGGCCAUCUUCGUAGAAACGCGUGUAGAAGUGGCCGGAGGUCGAGCUCGUGGGGGCUUUUCCGGUUGGGUCUGGUGAAGACGCCUGAAAUCGAGCUGGAAGAUCUGAAGAAGAGGAGCAAUGGUAGUAGUUGUAAUUAUAGCAGUAGGAAGAAGGGUAAAGAUGGUAUUAAAGAGAAGAAGGAUGGUGAGGGAGUACAAAAGUUUCUGUGGGGCGGCGGUUUGAAUUGCAAGUGUUCGGCAGCAGCUGUGGAAACUGUUUCUUCGAGAAUUGUUAUUGUUAAGGGAAAGAAAGAAAGAGGAGAAGGGUAUAAUGGGAAACAGGAAAUUUCUCGGAGACGUACGUUUGAAUGGUUGAAAGAGCUUUCCAUUGCAGAAACGCCUGUAGUUUAGAUCCCCACCCCGGUUUCUCCUUUCUCUUUUUCUUUUUUUUUUUGGUUUUGUAAUUGUAAUUUUAUUUGAAGAGUUAUUCAGUACGAUGGCAGACUAUGAUUAUCUGCACGCAUGCACACGUCUAAUUAUAUGUUCGCGUAAAUAUAAUUCAAUCUAUGCCGUUCAAAUAGUUGGCCAUUUUAGAUGGGAGUAAAAUCUCAAUGUAAAAUGGCCCUAAAUAUCCCUACCAUCAUAAAUUUGUUAUGAAGAAAUCAGUACCAUCCACUCAUCAGGUGGGCCACAUCUACACAGCAUUUUGGGGCCUAUUUGUAAUAAUUCUUCGGACCCAAGAGGAAGUAGCCCCUGUAAUGAGUAAACUCUG